AUGCCAGACCUGACCAACACACUUCAAGUACCCCACCUUGGCGGAAUCAACGUCGGAUACCGCCUGUCGUCUUCUUCUCUCGACAAGAACAAGCCAACUCUCGUUUUAUUCAACCCUUUCACGGCCACGGUAGACUACUACCUACCAGAAUUCAACGACGAGACUUUCUGCCGUGCUGCCAACUUGGUGGCUGUCGAGCCCCUCGGCCAUGGACGCACCCGUGCCCGCAAGACGGAGUCCUUCACUUACUGGGACACGGCGAUUGCGACUCUUCAGCUACUCGAUGCGUUGGGUGUCGACCAGUUCUUUGCCCUUGGAACAUCGCAGGGCGGAUUCAUCGCAGUCCGGCUAGCUCUUAUAGCGCCUGAGAGAGUGAAAGGAGUCAUUCCAAUCGGCUCAUCCAUGGACUCGGAGUCUCCCAGGAGCCGCGAGCUCGGCUGUUGGGAUGGUCCGGGAGCCUGCUCCGGGCUCGUAACUCUUGCUGGUGAUUUUAACCCGGUCCCCGAAUUCGAGCCCGGCGAUAACUACUACGAUUUUCUGAUGGAAAUUGGGUUCGGGAAGCACAUUGACCAAGAAACGAGGGAUUUCUGGGCACGAACUAUCAAGUCCAACUACAGUGGCGAUGAGGGUAAGCGACGAAUCUGCAUGGCCGCGGUAACUCUUGCGGGCAGGGACGGAUUGCACGAGCGCCUACCCUAUGUCAAAGCUCCAGUGGUAUGGUUCCAGGGCACGGAUGAUGUCGUCUUCAGCUUCAAGCAAGCCCAGGCUGAUAUUACCCUGUUUAAGAACUCUGUCGAGGCGAGGCUGGUGGCCUGUGAGGGUGGGGUACACUUUCUGAGUCGGACCCACGGAGACAGGAUCCGACGGGAGGUUGCGGAGUUCAUCACGAAGUGGACUGGGAAUUCUAGGUCGAAUCUGUAA